AUGAUACAUUCCGAAAGAGCUGAGGAGAUGCAAGGAAAUUAUCAGAGAAAUGGAACACUAGGAGAACUGCCUCAAGUGAGACAACAAGCUGUUGGACCUAUUGAGAUAUUCCGAUUUGCCGAUGGACUCGACAUUACACUCAUGAUCCUGGGAUUACUGGCAUCACUGGUGAACGGAGCCUGUCUUCCUGUAAUGUCAGUGGUUUUAGGGAAAAUGAGUGAUAAACUAAUUAGCGGUUGUCUAAUCAGAACCAACACAACAAAUGAUCACAACUGUAAUCAGUCCCAAGAGAAGUCAAAUGAAGAUAUGAUGCUGUUGACACUGUAUUAUAUUGGAGUAGGGCUGACAGCCUUGGUUUUUGGCUACAUGCAGAUUUCUUUUUGGGUUAUAACUGCAGCACGGCAGACCAAGAGAAUUCAAAAACAGUUUUUUCGUUCGAUUUUGGCACAGGACAUCAGCUGGUUUGAUAGCUGUGACAUCGGUGAACUCAACACUCGCAUGACUGAGGACAUCAACAAAAUCAGUGAUGGUAUUGGAGACAAGUUUGCCCUGCUGUUUCAAAACAUGUCUACCUUUUCUAUUGGCCUAAUGGUUGGUUUGGUGAAAGGCUGGAAGCUGACCCUGGUGACUCUGUCCACAGCUCCACUUAUCAUGGCUUCGGCAGCAGUGUGUUCUCGGAUGGUCAUCUCAUUGACCAGCAAGGAAUUAAGUGCCUAUUCCAAAGCUGGGGCUAUAGCAGAAGAAGUUUUGUCAUCAAUCCGAACAGUCAUAGCCUUUGGAGGCCAAGAGAAAGAAAUUCAAAGGUAUACACAGAAUUUACAAGAUGCAAAGGAUGUUGGUAUAAAAAAGGCCAUAGUUUCAAAACUGUCUCUUGGUGCUGUGUACUUCUUUAUGAAUGGAACCUAUGGACUUGCUUUUUGGUAUGGAACGUCCUUGAUUCUUAGUGGAGAACCUGGUUACACCAUUGGAACUGUUCUUGCUGUCUUCUUUAGUGUGAUCCACAGUAGCUAUUGCAUUGGAGCAGCAGCCCCUCACCUUGAAACCUUUGCUAUAGCCCGAGGAGCCGCCUUUAGUAUUUUCCAGGUUAUUGAUAAGAAACCCACUAUAGAUAACUUUUCAACAACUGGAUAUAAACCCGAAUACAUAGAAGGAACUGUGGAAUUUAAAAAUGUAUCUUUCAGUUAUCCAUCAAGACCAUCUAUCAAGAUUCUGAAGGGCCUGAAUCUCAAAAUUAACUCUGGAGAAACAGUGGCCCUGGUUGGCAGCAGUGGCAGUGGGAAGAGUACAGCAGUCCAGCUUCUGCAGAGGUUAUAUGAUCCCAACGAUGGCUUUAUCAUGGUAGAUGAGAAUGACAUCAGAGCCCUAAAUGUGCUGCAUUAUCGAGAACAUAUUGGAGUGGUCAGCCAGGAGCCUGUUUUGUUCGGGACCACGAUUAGUAACAACAUUAAAUAUGGCCGAGAUGGUGUGACUGAUGAAGAGAUUGAGAAGGCAGCGAAGGAAGCAAAUGCUUAUGAUUUUAUAAUGGAGUUUCCCAAUAAAUUUAAUACCUUGGUUGGGGAGAAAGGAGCUCAGAUGAGUGGAGGGCAGAAACAGAGAAUCGCGAUUGCUCGAGCUUUAGUUCGAAACCCCAAGAUUCUGAUCUUAGAUGAGGCGACAUCUGCCCUGGAUACAGAAAGCGAAUCAAUCGUUCAAGCUGCUCUGGAAAAGGCAAGCAAAGGUCGGACUACAAUUGUGGUAGCACACCGGCUGUCUACUAUUCGAAAUGCAGAUGUGAUUGUGGCCAUAGAAGAUGGGAGGGUGAUGGAAAAAGGAACACAUGCUGAACUAAUGGCAAAACAGGGUCUAUAUUAUUCGCUUGCAAUGUCACAGGAUAUUAAAAAAGCUGAUGAAGAGAUGGAAUCCAUGACAUGUGCUACCGAAAAAAAUAUUGGUUUAGUUCCUCCAUGCUGUGUGAAUACCAUCAAGUCAGGCUUAACACCAGACUUUGCUGACAAGUCUGAGGAAUCCAUUCAAAAUAAAGAGACAAGUCUCCCUGAAGUUUCUCUACUAAAAAUCAUGAAAUUAAAUCAGCCUGAAUGGCCUUUGGUGGUCCUGGGGACACUGGCUUCGGUUCUAAAUGGGAGUGUUCAUCCAGUAUUUUCCAUCAUCUUUGCAAAAAUUGUAACUAUGUUUGAAAAGAAUGAUAAGACCACAUUAAAGCAUGAGGCUGAGAUUUAUUCCAUGAUAUUUGUCCUUUUGGGUGCUAUUUGCUUUGUCGGUUUUUUCAUGCAGGGAUUGUUUUACGGCCGAGCAGGAGAAAUAUUAACGAUGAGAUUAAGACACUUGGCAUUUAAAGCCAUGUUAUAUCAGGAUCUUGCCUGGUUUGAUGAUAAGGAAAACAACACAGGAGCCUUGACAACAAUAUUAGCUGUAGAUAUAGCACAAAUUCAAGGAGCAACAGGUUCAAGACUUGGUGCCAUAACACAAAACGCAACGUGCAUGGUACUCUCACUUAUCGUUUCCUUCAUAUAUGGAUGGGAGAUGACACUCUUGAUUCUGAUUAUUGCUCCAGUGCUUGCUCUGACAGGAAUAAUUGAAACUGCAGCAAUGACUGGAUUUGCCAACAAGGAUAAGCAAGAACUUAAGCGUGCUGGAAAGAUAGCAACUGAAGCUGUGGAAAAUAUACGUACUAUAGUGUCAUUAACAAGAGAAAAAGCCUUUGAAGAAACGUACAAUGAGACGCUUCAGACUCAGCACAGAAAUGCCUUGAAGAAAGCACAGCUCUUUGGAAGCUGUUACGCGUUCAGCCAUGCCUUUGUAUAUUUUAGCUACGCAGCGGGGUUUCGCCUUGGAGCGUAUUUAAUACAAGCUGGACGAAUGACCCCCGAGGGCAUGUUCGCAAUUUUUACUGCAGUGGCAUAUGGAGCCAUGGCCAUUGGAGAAACACUUGUUUGGGCACCUCAGUAUUCCAAAGCCAAAUCUGGGGCUGCACAUCUGUUUGAUAUAUUGGAGAAGAAGCCAACCAUAGAUAGCCACAGUCAAAAUGGGAAAAAACCAGACACAUGUGAAGGGAAUUUAGAGUUUCGAGAAGUCUCUUUCUUCUAUCCAUGUCGCCCAGAUGUCCUCAUCCUUCGGAGCUUAUGCCUCAGUAUCGAGAAAGGGAAGACAGUAGCAUUCAUUGGGAGCAGUGGCUGUGGAAAAAGCACUUGUGUUCAGCUUCUGCAGAGGUUCUAUGACCCCCUGGAAGGGCAAGUGCUUUUUGAUGAUGUGGAUGCAAAAGAAUUGAAUGUACAGUGGCUCCGUUCCCAAACAGCCAUCGUUUCCCAGGAGCCGGUGCUCUUCAACUGCAGCAUUGCUGAGAACAUUGCCUAUGGUGAUAACAGUCGUGUUGUGUCAUUGGACGAGAUAAAAGAAGUAGCCAACGCAGCAAAUAUCCAUUCCUUUAUUGAAGCUCUCCCUGAGAAAUACAACACACAAGUUGGACUGAAAGGAGCACAGCUUUCUGGCGGCCAGAAACAAAGAAUAGCUAUUGCUAGGGCUCUUCUUCGAAAACCGAGAAUUUUACUGUUGGAUGAGGCCACUUCAGCCCUCGAUAACGAGAGUGAAAAGGUGGUACAGCAUGCUCUGGAUAAAGCCCGGAGAGGGAGGACGUGUCUAAUGGUGGCCCACAGACUCUCCACAGUACAGAAUGCAGACUUGAUAGUAGUUCUGCACAAUGGGAAAAUAAAGGAACAGGGAACUCAUCAAGAGCUCCUGAGAAAUCGAGACAUGUACUUCAAUUUAGUAAAUGCACAGUCAGUACAGUGACACAGUUUGAAAGUUAGCACAUAUUUUGAUCUUUGUGUAAUGCAAAGAAAGAGUGCUUAGUAAUUAUUUGGCCUGCUGUGAUCUCUUGUUACUGCGUGUAUCAAUACCUAGAAUCA